UAUCUAUCAACAAAUACUUACGCAACCGAUUGCACGUUUCAGCGACCUCGCCUCACGCAUGCCCCACGGUCGAUUGACUUAUAAGCUCGGCUCCAAUACAUAAAGACUUUGGUUGCUAGCUUGUCGCGUGCUUCACCAUCUGCCAGUGGGUACAGCGUGCCGUCGCGCGCAUGCCAGAUGUGCGGGCGUCGGGAUUGUCCUGUCCGGCUGGCACUAGUUACUCGAGCCUUUCCCUUUGCUACUGGUCCAGUCCCCGAGCGGCAGCAACAGUGCAGUCAUGGCACGUAGUCGGUGUCGGGAGCACUACCCUACCACCGAGAUGGCUGGUGUGGACGCUGGUUGGGGCGGCCUGCCUAGCAUCAUGGAUGCACGGCACAAUGGCUGUCCAGUGUCACCAAGGUUGCACGCUUCACGGCGUGUGCAACGAGGAGCUCGGGAGGUGCGACUGCCCCCGCACGCGCGCCGGCGCCGCCUGCGAGGUGCAGCUGACCGGCGAGCCGUUGAAGCAGCGCUGCAAGUCCAUGGGCUUCAGCGGCAUCAGCAGCUGCACCUCCGAGAAGAAUACCUGCCCCAACAACUGCCUGCGCCGGGGCACCUGCGUGGCGGGCUUCUGUCUCUGCCAGCCAGGCUUCUUUGGAAACGACUGUGGCCUGUCGAUGGUGCCCGCCGGUCCCAACGGCACCCGGACGCCUGUGGUUCUGUCGGACCGCGGCUACACGCCCCGGGCUGCCGGGCCCCGUGUGUACAUCUACGACCUGCCGCCCGAGCUCACCACGUGGCGCAACGACGACCGGCUGGACCGGUGGACCACUCGGCACUUCCUCGAGAUGCUCACAGCCACGGGCGCGCGGGUGGGCGACCCGGCGGCCGCCGACUGGUUCUACCUGCCGGUGCGGCUGCGCAGCAGCAGUGAUGGCCACGUGUUGCGGCGCGCGCUGGAGUAUGUGCAGGCGGCGCAGCCCUGGUUCAACGCUACCGGCGGCAAGGACCAUUUCGUGCUGGCCGUAGGCGACAUGGGUCGGCUGGAGAGCGAGCGCGGCCCGCUGUCCGCCAACGUGACGUUCGUGAGCCACUGGGGGCUGUACCGGUCUAAGGCCGAGCAGCUGCAGAGCCCGCACUGGCGCGCCUCGCACCGCAACGCCACUGACAUCGUACUGCCCGUGUAUCUGACGCUGCGCAAGCUGCAGAAGUUUGGCAUCCUCGGCUCACGACACCACCCCAAGUUCGCCACUGUGGCCCCACCCGAUGUGCGGGAGCGCAACGGCCCUCUCUUCUGGUUCGCUGGGCGUGUGUGCCAGGACUCCUCGCCACCCCGCACCGACGUGUGGCCCAACUGCCCCAAGGCCAUGGGGUACUCCGCCAUGACGCGGCAGGCGGUCUACUUCCACCACUGGAACCGCACCGGCUUUGCAGUGCUGCGCGGGGACAAGCAGUAUGCCAAGCACAUGCUCACCGCCAAAUUCUGCUUCGGGCCCAUGGGCGGCGGCCACGGCCAGCGGCAGUUCCAGGCGGCUCUGGCUGGCUGUGUGCCUGUGGUGAUUGGCGACGGUGUGUUGGAGGCGUGGGAGCCGUACCUGGACUGGAACGACUUUGGGGUGCGGGUGGCGGAGGCAGACAUUCCCCGACUGCACACCAUCCUGGGCGCCAUAGGUCCAGAGGAGUACGCUCGCAAGGUGCGCUCCCUGCGCUGCGCCGCCCAGCACAUGGCCUUCAGCAGCGUGACGGGCGCCUACAUGGGCGAGAGCGGCCGCUUUGACGCCUUUGAGACACUGCUGGCGGUGCUGGCGGCGAGGGCCCGCCACCCGGACACACCGCCGGAGCUGCUGAGGCAGGCGGACCCGGUGCUUGACGCAUUCAUGGACUGCAGGGAGAGGCCGGGCGUGGGCGGGGAUGCGGGCGUAGCUGGUGCGAAAGGCGGCACAUCGGCCGACAGCGGUGAUGGCAAGGCGAAUGCUGGAGGCAAGGCGCUAGCAGCUGUCAAGGUUCAGCCGCUAUGCAGCGUGUCGCCCUAUGACCAGGCGGACCCGGGUGUGACAAUGUGCUCGUCACUGUACCGCAACCCGUUCCAGCCGCCGGCGGGCGGGCUUCGCUGCGUGGGUGCGGGUGACUUGGCGGCGUGUCCCCGCCCCUGGGCGUGAGGGGAGGGAGGGGCCAUGCUGUCAGCGGCGUGUGCGUUGCGGUAUGCCUGGUGUCCGAGUGGGGGGCCGUGGCUGGGGCGCUUGGCAAGGCAUUUUGGCUUCAUGCUUGCCUAUAGCGUGUUGGGCUCUGCGCGGGACACAUACUGCGAUUUAUGUGCAGACGCAAUGCACGGUUUGGUGAAGGUCGGCAGCCAACUGGGGGGGGGGCGGUUUCCCUUUGGGCCGGAGAUGGUUCCCUCCUGACCUGGGUGCUGGGCACCCUUGCUUGGUCCUUCUUGUAAUGUCGCAUUCAUACUGCGGCUUUGAGCGGGGUUGUUAACGACUGGUCUUGAUUUAUGAGCUUGGAAAUGGACUCGCUAGCCGCUGGAGGCCCGGCUUCGACCCCUUCCCGCGUUGAUGGAUCUGGCGGUUACGUGCGGUCUCGGCCUUAAACAGCAAAUCCUUGGUGUAAAACAGAAAGUUC